UUGUUUUGGUUUUAAAAAACUUCUCUCUCUAAAACCCUUGGUGGUGUUUCAAAUUUCUCAAUCGUAAAAGGCUCGUUGCUUUUCCGACUCCAAAACCUACUGCGUUUCGCUUUCUAUGUGUAUUCAGAGUCUAUCCCUUCUCCAAGUCACGUAAUUGAGAAACACCUGCAGAUGGCACCGGCGGUUAGGAAGUCGAGGAGUGUGAACAAGCGUUUCACCAAUGAACCUUCGCCGAGAAAAGAUGCUGGGAGCUCCAGAAAAUCUAAGCAGCGUAAGACGAAAUUUUCUGACAAGCUGGGACCUCAGUGGACCAAAGGAGAGCUCGAGCGUUUCUAUGACUACUACCGAAAGUACGGGCAGGACUGGAGAAAGGUGGCUGCUGCAAUUCGGAAUAGCAGGUCUGUUGACAUGGUGGAAGCCCUUUUUAACAUGAAUAAGGCUUAUUUAUCUCUUCCGGAAGGAACUGCCUCUGUAGCUGGUCUCAUUGCUAUGAUGACCGAUCAUUACAGCGUCAUGGAAGGGAGUGGCAGUGAAGGAGAGGGCCUUGAUGUUCCAGAAGCACCGAGGAAACAGCAAAAGCGCAAACGUGCAAAACCUCAGCUUAGUGAUUCUCGAGAGGAAGAUGAUAGACAACAACAUCCCGUUGCGUCAACUGAUGGAUGUCUCAAGUUUUUGAAACAAGCACGAGCUAAUGGAACUCAUCGACGUGCCACUGGCAAACGCACACCUCGGGUUCCUGUACAGACUUCACGGGAUGAUGGGGAAGGCGCUACUCCACCAAAUAAAAGAGCCAGAAAGCAACGACUUGAUGCUAAUGAUGAUGUUGCUGCACAUUUUUUAGAAUUGACAUUAACAGACGCAUCCAGAUGGGAAGGGUCUCCACAAGUUUCUGAAUCACCAAAUAAAAGAACAGAACCUAGCGACAAGUCGCCAAUAAAGAGCUGGGGGAAAAUGUCGCGAACGAGAAAAGCUAGCCGAGAAAAGAAGCUUGAAUCUGAUAGAGAGGAUGUGGAAGGAGUUGGCGAAAUGGAGGCUCCACGGAAGGUUAAAAGGGUCUACAAGAAAAGAGUCAAUGUCGAAGAAGCAGAGUGUAAUGAUUCUGAUGACAACGGUGGGGCAUGCAGCGCCACUGAGGGGAGGAGGAUUAAAUCAAAGAGACGCAAGGCAGGUGUUGAAGCCUCAAGAGGGACAUAUUCACCGCGCAGCCCAAAAGAAGAAGACAACAAAUUUACUUCCGGAGAUGAAUUUGAUGCUCUGCAAGCCUUAGCUGAUUUGUCAGCUUCAUUGCUUCCGGGAGCUUUGAUGGAAUCAGAAUCUUCUGCUCAGUUGAAGGAAGAGAGAAUAGAAAACGACAUGGACGAGAAAUCUAGCUCACCAGAUGAUAGUCAUGGGGAAAAAGCAGAUUCAGAACCAGAUGAUAGUCUCCUUCAUGCCAUUUCUGCUAUUGGGAAUGCUGCUUACAGUAGAAAACCAAAAUCUUCAAGGCAACCAUCCACUGAUUGUAACGCUGUUCCCACGGAGAAGCUUGAACCGGAGCCUAUUAGUGGCAGUUCAAGAAGAAAAAGGAAACCAAAGAAGCUAUGGGAUGAAACUCCAGCUGAAUCUACUCGGAAGAAAUCCACAAACAAGCAGAAGGAAUUGGCUCAAGAAGACGUUAAUAUGAAGUCUUCGCCUAGAACAAAACGUUCUGGUCAAGGCCCCCCUCAGUCAAAACAGUUGAACGCUGUCAAGGAGUUGGAGGAAUCUACUACAACAACGAGCGAUAAGAAAAGAUCUGCGAUGGAUGUAGUAGAAGUGGCAACAACUAAAGAAGUUUCUGAUUCGGGUGCAGCCAGUAUACCGCAGAAGCCACCAAACAGGCGUAAGAUGAGUCUGAAGAAAAGCUUACAGGAAAGGGAUAAUAAAUCUUCUGAAACCAUUCAUAAAGCUUCGCGCAGCUCGAGAUCUCUUUCAGAACAGGAGUUGUUAUUAAAGGAUAAGCUUUCUACUUCUCUCUCGCAUCCCUUGGCACGUCGAAGGUGCAUGUUCGAAUGGUUUUAUAGUGCCAUCGACCAUCCCUGGUUUGCAAAGAUGGAGUUUGUCGAUUACCUAAAUCACGUAGGACUUGGUCACAUUCCUAGACUUACUCGUCUUGAAUGGAGCGUCAUUAAAAGCUCUCUUGGUAGACCACGAAGAUUCUCUGAAAGAUUUUUACAGGAAGAGAGGGAGAAACUCAAGCAGUACCGUGAGUCUGUGAGAAAGCAUUACACAGAGCUUCGAACAGGUGCAAGGGAAGGGCUUCCUACAGAUUUGGCUCGGCCAUUAGCAGUUGGGAAUAGAGUCAUUGCCAUUCAUCCCAAAACACGAGAGAUUCAUGAUGGGAAAAUCCUCACUGUUGACCAUAGCCAAUGCAACGUUCUGUUUGACGACUUGGGCGUUGAGUUAGUUAAGGACAUUGAUUGUAUGCCUUCAAAUCCAUUGGAAUACAUGCCAGAGGGUCUGAGGAGGCAAGUUGAUAAGUGCUUGUCCAUAAAGAAAGAAGCACAGCUAAGUGGUGUGUCUGUUAUAUUCCCUCCAUGCGGACUUGAGAAUGUCGACUUCUCCAUGAAUCAAUCUCUGAACCAGGGUGAUAUGGUUGCUCCCAUUCUGCACGGUAAAGUGUUAGCAAGCCCACAUCAGACUAGUCAGCCAUGUAUCAUAAAUUAUAGCAAAGGACGAGAAGCUGAGAUUCAACGAGUACUUGCACUACAGCAUGCUUUAGAUGAAAAGGAAAUGGAGCCUGAGAUGAUAGAGAUUGUCAAGGGUUCAAAGACAAGAGCGCAAGCAAUGGUGGAUGCAGCUAUCAAGGCUGCAUCAUCUGUGAAGGAAGGAGAAGAUGCCAUCAAAAUGAUUCAAGAAGCCUUGGACAUGGUUGGCAAACAUCAGCCGUUGCGCAGCUCUGUGGUCAAACAUGAAGAGCAUGCAAACGGCGGCGUAGGGCAUCAUCAAAACCCAUCUCCCUCCUCAGACGCAUCAAAGCCUGUGGCUAACAACGAUUUCAUCUCGCAAGAUGGUUCAGAGAAAAACGAGGCUCAAAUGCCUUCAGAGCUAGUCACAUCCUGUGUUGCCUCUUGGCUCAUGAUUCAGAUGUGUACGGAGAGGCAGUACCCUCCAUCUGAUGUGGCACAGCUUAUAGACACGGCAGUUACAAGCUUGCAGCCUCGAUGCCCGCAGAACCUACCGAUCUACAGAGAAAUCCAAAUGUGUAUGGGACGAAUCAAGACUCAAAUCCUCUCUCUAGUACCAAGUUGAAAGGCCAACAACUCAUGUGGGUUAGUGUCUUUUUAGAAAAGUCCAUUCUCCUUUUAACUUAAGAGUAGAUGAUGAUAGGGUGUUAUGAGUUCAUGGGAGCAAGAUAACAGCUUGACCAGAGGUAUAUUAAGUAGUGAACCAUUGGUUCUGUAACUUCAACUGAUGUUUAUGGUUUUUAUUAUAAUUUUCCAUAAAAGUCUUUCUCGCCA